GGUGGCCCCGGCCCCGGGGCGGGCCGCUGCCCGCCCACACCGCGGCGGGGACGGGGUCAGGGUGCCGCCGGGCCUCGCCUCCCGCCCGCCCCCGCCAUCUUAAACCGCUACGCGCCGGGAGGGGGCGAGGGCGGGGCGCGGCGCCGCCGGCGGGAUGGGGGUGACUGCGGGAGCUUGGACGUGGCUGCUGCGGGCCCCCACCGCCACCGAGCUGCUGCUGGCGGCCCUGUGCUGGCUGGGCUGCUACUGGCUGCUGCGCCGGCCGUGGCCGCCGCCGGGGCUACCGCCGGGCCCGGCGCCCUGGCCGCUGGUGGGCAACUUCGCCUUCGCCCUGCUGCCGCCGCCGCUGCUGAGGAGGUGGGCGGUGGAGGGGCGGGGAGGCGGCCGGGGGUCCCCCGCCUUCUCCCCCCACAUUUUCCUCACCGGUCUCACCAAGAUGUACGGCAGCGUCUUCCGGCUCUUCGUGGGCAGCCGCCCCUUCAUCGUCCUCAACACCUUCGGGGCGGUGCGGGAGGCGCUGGUGCAGAAGGCGGAGGUGUUCAGCGACCGGCCCUCCGUCCCCAUCGUCCUCAUGAUCACCCGCAAGAAGGGUGUUAUUUUUGCACCUUAUGGCCCUGUCUGGAAGCAACAGAGGAAAUUUUCCCUCUCAACACUGCGUCAUUUUGGAGUGGGAAGACACAGCUUAGAGCCUAAAAUCAUUGAGGAGCUGAAGUUUAUAAAGGAGGAGAUGCUGAAGCAUGGAAAUAAUUCAUUUAAUCCCUUUCCAAUCAUUCGCAAUGCAGUAUCCAAUGUGAUCUGUUCCAUGGCCUUUGGCAGGCGUUUUAACUACGAAGAUGUUGAGUUCAAGACGAUGCUGAAAAACAUGGCCCGUGCACUAGAGCUAAGCGUGAACAGCUAUAUGAUCCUGGUCAAUAUCUGCCCGUGGCUGUACUACCUUCCCUUUGGGCCUUUCCGGGAACUUAGGAAAACAGAAUUAGAUAUUACUGCUUUUCUAAAGAAAAUAAUUGCACAGCACAGGGAUACACUGGAUGCAGCAAAUCCCAGGGACUUCAUUGAUAUGUACUUCAUCCACGCGGAGGAGGAAAAGAACAACAAGGAGAGCAGUUUUAAUGAAGACUACCUGUUUUUUAUCAUUGGUGACCUUUUCAUCGCAGGCACAGACACUACUUCCAACACAUUACUGUGGUGCCUGCUCUACAUGUCUCUCUACCCAGAAGUACAAGAGAAGGUUCAUGCAGAAAUUGAAGCAGUUCUAGGACGUGACAAAGUUCCCUCUCUUACCCACAAGACUCAAAUGCCCUUCACAGAGGCAACCAUUAUGGAAGUGCAGAGGAUGACUGCAGUUGUUCCCCUUUCUAUUCCUCGAAUGGCCUCAGAAACUGCUGUGCUCCAGGGAUAUACUAUUCCUAAGGGCAGUGUGAUCGUGCCCAACUUGUGGUCAGUACACAGAGAUCCUAACAUUUGGGAGAAACCAGAUGAAUUCCAACCAUCAAGAUUUCUGGAUGAAAAUGGCCAGCUAAUUAAGAAAGAGGCGUUCAUUCCUUUCGGAAUGGGUAAACGUGUGUGCAUGGGAGAGCAGCUGGCAAAAAUGGAGCUGUUCUUAAUUUUUUCAAGUCUAAUGCAGAGUUUUACCUUUUUGUACCCUGAAAAUGCUGCACAACCAUCUAUGGAGGGAAGGUUUGGUCUAACGUUAGCUCCAUGUCCAUUCAAUAUAAUAGCUUUGAAGAAAUGAUAUGGCACCAAAAAAGAUUAAACAAAGAAAUACUGUGCUUUAAAAUGUAGCUUUAUUUUGUUUCCAGCUUAUUUUGUUACUUUCCAGAAAAACACCAACUGCAUAGGCUUUCAUAGUCAGUGAAAAUGAUCCAUUUACACUUCUGGAAAGAGAAGAUUUUUUUUUUUGGUCAGCUGUUGCAUUCCACUAAUGAACAGACAGCAUAGUUCACAAUUUGAUAUUAAAAUUUGCUGGACAUAACCCCUCUGUCUAUAAGCUAUUACUGUCAGUUUGUCAAAUGUUAAUUAUGGGAGAAUGGUCCAAAACAUCUGUUAAUGCUUUAGAAAACAGUAAUUGUUAUUUUGGUAAAAGCAGUAUGUAAACACAUAAUUUACCAAAUGACUGAAGGAUAUCAUCUAAUGCCAAAAGGAUUAAUAAAUGAGAGGGUAUUAGUAUUUUCUGUGUAAAGAAACAUAACUGAGCUUAAAUAAUGACAGAUACUUCUGGAAAGUGACUAAAUGACACUUCUUGUAUCCUUGAAGGAUUUUUUCUUGUGAGUAACUCAUAGGUGUAGAUUGGAUUCAGUCUGGAUUCCUGGAUCCAAACAUUCUUGACUGUCAGGGCUCACUAUAAACAAGCAGGUACCAACUCUGAAAACCUAGGCUUGGAGGCCAAAUAAAUCCUUGGAUAUACCAUGUUCUUAACAUGAAAGGAGUGUGCAGCAUCUGGAUGCAGAUGUUUUAUGUCAGAAUAGAAAUGAAAGCAGAUUUCCCUAACAAGAAACAGCAGAAGUCUGUUCUCUCUGGUGCCAAACAGAUACUCAAGGUGACAUCUGUGCUACCGCUUUGCAUUCACUGUUUCCCCCACAUCAGCCAUGGCUGCAGUGUGGAUGAGACCAACAAGCCCACUCAUUGGGGGAAACUCUAUGUGCAUAAUCCUGAAGCGGGGGAUUGAACUAGGGUUUUUCAUUUGCAGGUAGUGUGGACAGUACUGCCACAGCCUGUUUGGCUUUGGAAACUCGAGGCUUACUUCAAAUACGGCAUCAAUAUGGCGCUACAGAUGUAGGCCUUAUACAUUUAGGCAUGGAACAUGGGUAACCUGACAAACUCGACGUUUGAGUAUAAAGGUUUUAUCUUUUUAUCUUCCAUAUGGAGUAAAAAGAUCUGUAGUUCAUACAGUAUCAGUACCUUACUUUUCUCACGUGCAAAAUGUUAGUGCUGUUUACCCCUGUCAAGCCAAUUGCCGAGGAAACCUAUUGUUACGUGUUUCAGAAGGGGGCACUCAGUCUUGCCUUUUAUUUGAAAGUUCUCUCAAACAUUGAAAGCAAUCUUUUGGGGGACAUGUAGCAAUUUAACCUUUAAAUAAUUGUCCUUAAACAGCCUUAAAUCUCUAUACACCUUUUGAUCUAGCAGAAUUUCAUACUGUGUGAAAUAAGUACAUAUGUACUCUUUUAAGGACUUUUUUUUUUUUUUUACCUCCCUCAUUGGAGAUCUGGAGAAUACUAGCAGUCUUCCUAACAUCCAAUUUACAAGACUGGAAUGUGUAAUUGACUGUAGAGUGGAAUUGGGUAUUCCACAACAGAAACUAAACAUCAAUUGUGAAAGAACAGUCAACUCUUCAGCUUUAUAUUAACCUCUGGUUGGGUCACUUUUUAACUUGAAGUUUUAAAAGCCAGGUAGUACCUAGCAAAGACUUGCAAGACAGUUAUUUUGGAUUUAGAUUGAGGUUUUCUGUUACCUGUUUUGAAUAACAGAGUGACUUAAUUUCUGAAUUAUGUAUUUGGUUGGUCAGACCAUGUUGUUUGUGUGAGAACUUCCAGUUCUUAUAUAGGCUAACUUUUAACUUUAUAGGCUGCCCCAUGCUCAUGUUAAAUUUUUCCUUUGUAUGAAAUUUUUGAAAACCCCAUAGCACAAUAAGAAGUUGAGUUUAAUAGCAAUGCUAGUAAACUUGCACUAAAAGCUGAGUAUUAGAGUAAUAAGCACUUACUUCUUUAACUUUGUAUUUUCCAAUGAAUAAAUAGAUUCUGGAGAGUUGGGAUUUUUGUCUGGAAAUCCUUGAAAUGGUAUAUGCUUAAUUGCAAAACUAAAAUUAAGUGCUGAUAAUAUUUAUCUUUCUGUUGAAAUGUCUCUUUAAGCAACAUAAUAUUGGUGUGUGGCUGAUCACGUAUGUGAAAUACCUGUCCUUUUAAUCAAUGAGGACACAUUUGAAAAGAACUUCAGACAGAUUCCAAAGAAGACACAAUUCACUUAAUCCCCUAGUAUGUGAAUUUUACAUAUUUGUCCUUGUUUUGCCUGCUGGAUUUAGUUAAAAUGUCACCUUUGAAAACUAUCCUUCAAAAAUUACCCUUCUACAAAUAGUACUGCGAGAAUGCGGUUUUUGGUGAUGCCUAUAAUCAAACGUUGCAUGAUGCGACAAGCUAAAAAUACUGAUGUGGAGGUGCAACCAUGUCAGCGUCUGCCAGAAUGCAAGAUGCAGUUGGAACUGACAAUAAAGACCUGCCUUUCAUUCCUUCCAGAUGCACUGAAAUUUUCACAGGAUGCUGUGAAAGUAACUAAACAUAAGCAUAAAAGCAACAAAAUGUUUGUGGUUUUAAAAGUGUGUUACCAUCUUUGGUAAGUAAAGUGGUAGCAGAUUUGGUUUGUCUUUUUAAAUGUAUCCUUCCCCUCCCCUUUUUUUAGCAGAGGAAGCAUCUCAAAUGCCUUAUUGAAAAAUGUGUGUUUAUAUAAGUAGAUGUUUUUUUCUGAAUGCUGAAAAUAUCCUUAUUUCUAAAAAUUACUUCAGAAUUUGCUUCAGUGUAAUUUUAUUUUUAAUAAAGUAAUUCCCAAGUAAGUGCUUGA